AGACUGUAGCACCCGAGGACCAACCCUGCGAACAGGUGUCACAUACAGGGUGUCCUGACACCCGAGCUGAGAUGUGAACCAGCAGUGAUGUCAAGCCAACUGUUUUAACCACUCCACUCCCAGGCUCUGUUUACACGGGUUCGGGUACCCGUCACCCGCCGCCGUGGGUCGCGUGCCUCAAGUCGCGUCGCUCGCGUGACGAGCCAAGGGGGGGGGGGGGGAGGGGAGGGAAGUGGGUGGAGCGGAGGGGACAGCCAGCAGCCGGAGCUGUCAGCCUCAUCAUCAUCCCACGAGUUUUACCUACUUGUAAGCUGAUAGCUUUUCAAGUCUCAUAGCACCGGCCACACACACUCAUUAGGUAUGUUGAGUACCUGGGAAGGUGGGAAGGUGGGAAGGAGAGAACGUACGUGCGUGAGAGCGAGAGAAAGAGAGAGAGAGAGAACAAGUAUAACCACCCCACCUUCUAUCGCAGCACACGCUCUCCUCCUCCACCCUGUACCUUCCCCACCCCCACCCUGCCAGUUAUAUACCUCUCAUUUGCGAGUUGCAGGGCAGUUUGCUGUCGUUCCCACCCACUGCUUGCAGGUAAAGGCCUCCCCCUCCCCCUGCUUGUCCUCAGCACUCAGCCCGGGACAUUGGUGUCCUCCUUGCCUCACAGUCUUGCUUCACAUCUUUCAGCUAGUAAUAGGAUUGGAAGCAUCUGGAAGUUUCUAGACGAGCAGCAAUCUAAUCCUUGUGACAUAUUCUAUUGUGUGUGAAACCUAUUCGACUUUUUCCAAAAGACUUUUUGCUGGAAUCCAGAAUCUUAUCCCUCCACCAACGUCCUGACAAAUAGUUCUCCAUCACAAUGUCAACUGACAUGGAAGCUGCUACUAAACGCCGCUUGGCCUUCCAAAAGACCUACAGCCAGGAGAUGGGCGGAUGGCGGCACAGAAGUCUGAUCGACGAUGCCAAGUUCGAAACUGUGGCUAAUCAGGAAUUUGAAAAACGAGAGCGGAGCAUCAGCCACGGCGAGAUCCCGGAAAACGAUGACGUCAUUGCCCAAAAUGGCGGCCACCCUGCUUCCGCUUUGCCCGAGGGGCAGGUCAUCGUCAGCUACGUCAUUCGGCUGAAGGAAGGACUGGGCAGCGCCUCCAGGAUUCUGAGGCACUUUGAGAACACCAAGACAACUAUCUUGCACAUUGAAUCUCGACAGACACGCACCAAAAAUCGCCAGUUCGAGAUAUUUUUAGAAUGCCAAGGGUCAAAGGACAGUGUGUCGUCUAUCAGCAACGUGUUGCACCAAAACCCUCUGAUUCAGGAGAUGGCUGUUGUUGGCGAGAAGGAGGCUAGUAAGAAGGAAGUGUGGUUUCCUAGCCAUAUAUCGGACUUGGACAGGUGUACCCACCUGAUCACAAAAUUCGAACCGGACUUAGACUACAACCACCCGGGUUUUUCGGACAAGACAUACAGACAGAGAAGAAAGAUCAUCAGUGAUAUAGCCUUCGACUUCAAACAGGGACAGCCCAUUCCUCGCAUCGAGUACACUCAGUCGGAAAUUAAAACUUGGGGUCACGUGUACCGGCAGUUGAAGAACCUGCACAGCACGCAUGUCUGCUGGGAGUACCUGUACAACUUCGAGUUGCUGGAGAAGGAAGGCAUCUACAGUCCUGACAACAUCCCACAGCUGGAGGAUGUGUCGGCCUUCCUCAGAAGGAAAACGGGUUUUUCCCUAAGGCCGGUGGCCGGCCUGCUGUCCGCCCGUGACUUUCUGGCGUCCUUGGCCUUCCGGGUGUUCCAGUGCACUCAGUACAUCCGCCACGGCGACAAACCCGAGAUCUCGCCUGAACCGGACUGCAUCCACGAGCUGCUGGGUCACGUGCCCAUGCUGGCCGACCCCACCUUCGCGCAGUUCUCCCAGGAGCUGGGACUCGCCUCCCUUGGCGCCUCCGACGAGGAUAUAGAAAAGUUUGCCACGCUGUACUGGUUCACGGUGGAGUUUGGACUGUGCAAGCAAGGAGGACAACUGAAGGCCUACGGGGCAGGCACUCUCUCGUCAUACGCAGAGUUGAAACACUCGCUCUCCGAGGCUCCCCAGCGGUUGCCCUUUGACCCGGACACGACAGCCGUUCAGGAGUACAAAGAUGACGAUCUUCAGCCCAUCUACUUUGUGGUGGAGUCGUUCGAGGAAAUGAUGGACAAGAUGAGACAAUACUCACUGCGCAUCAGGCGGCCCUACGAGGUGCACUUUGACCCCUACACGCAGUCCGUGCAGAUCCUGAACAGCAAGGACAUGCUGCACCAGCAGACCCGCGCCCUCCGCACGGAGCUGGACAACCUGCAGCGCGCCAUCGACCGCAUCCAGUGCCUGACCAUGGCCGCCUAGGCCUUGUUAACCCUGUCACGUCAACUUAACCCUUUACCCGCCAUCAGCCUGGGACUCUUGACACAUCCCCUCACAUUACAUCCAACUCUCUUUCUUCCUUUCUUCUUUCCUUUCUUUUUUUCUUUGCAGAACUCUACCAUGUCACGGCCGCGCACACUCACAAACAUAUACACAUACCCACGCGCAAAACGUCCAUUCACAGUAAUGCAUGCAGACAUGCAUUAAUAUUUGUUGUUUAUUCUUGUUAUCAGAAUCUUUACAUUACUGGCUGAUUUUUAUUUAUUUAUUUAUUUAUUUUUUUUUUGCUCCCUUACAUUGUACGUUCAUACUGAUGGCUACCACAUUUGCCAGCAUCCAAAGCUAGAGACUUUCUCGAGAGAAAUGUAAUAUUGAUGCAAGUAUGUAGUGAUUGUAAUAGUUAUAAUUAAUAAGUAUUCUUAUCAUUAUUUAAUGUUAUCAUAUUUCUUAAUACGUUACUGUAAUAUGCUGUAAAUAACUGUUACCUGGCAGAUCGCCACCACCUGUUUACAGCGGUUUAAGAAUUAUACAUAUUUGAGUAAUAUGUAUAUUUAUGUUAUUUACAGUUAUGUUUGUCCCUGUCCUGACAUUUCUUAAGAUAAUAAUGACAGGCUGUAUUCAGCUUGAUGAAUUAAUACAUCAUCUUCUUUACAACUCCUGUUGUCCUUCAGGCGUCCAUUGCAUUUGCAAAUCUUUUAUUCGUGAACAGGUUGUUGCUCGGCCAAUUUCUCUAUAUUUUUAACAAAAUAUAUCUGCUCAAAGUUUCUAAAACUAUUAUCAGAUAACUGACAAACUUUUUUCGGGGGUUUGGCGAUGCUGGGGGCGUGCAUGACCAUCACACAAGUGAGUUUCCUUCGACUGACUAGAAGAUGAUUACAAGUCUACGUCUUUGGGUGGAAGAUGACAAAGGCAGAACAUCACAAGAACCGUCUUGGUUCUAGAAGCCUCUUUCUUUUGUAUUAGAUGUUAACUGCUACUGCAGCUGCAACAUCGUCGUCAAACAGGCUGCGUCCCGCUGGGUGCUGCUGCACCACGUCACUCACGACCAUGCAAGGGACACUACUCCAAUUUGUCACCCAAGCUACAAGCUGCAGGAGUUGUCUGCUGCUGAACCCUCCCACCUAUUGCACAGCGACAACCUUUUGUUUCUCACAUUUUAAAUUCAUUACUCCUGUAAAAGAACACUGUGAUUCCUUUAAAAGAACUAUGUGACUUCGCUUUAUCUCCUCUUUCUCAGAAAUUGUCUAUAAGUGGUAUGUAGUGUGCAGUGCUGAAAGAAAUGUGCAUCUAGUCCGAGUUAUUUAAAGUAUCUGAUCUACCCUGCUUCAUGCUGUAACAAGUACUCUGUAUUGCUUUAGUCGCGUGAUAUGCGUCUAUAUAUGGUAGUUAUUUCAAAGAUAUCUAGGAAAUGUCAGUUAUGUGAUACAAGCAAUAAGCAUUGGAGAUGUUGUGUUUGACAAUACUACAUAUAGACUCAUGUCUACUAGUUGUUAUUUCUACCUAUCUCCCCAAAAUCCAAAAACAAGUAUCAAAAAAAUGAUUAUUUUGUAAGAGCAUGCUUCAGUGGUAUCCUUGUUUAUAUCCUCUAAAUAAACAGUUUCUUUGGGAAUUUGAAUAAAUUUGAAGCACAAUAAUAAAAAAAUAUAAAAAUUUUAUUGAUUACUGAAAAACCAUGCGCAAAGUUAGCUGCCUUGUUAUAACUGUUAAUAAAUGUAUCAAGGUCUUGAUUAUCUCGACCGACAGGGAAGAGAGGUGACAAUAAUGAGGUUGGUAACGAUCUGGUGACUUUUAGUUGUUGGUGACUGAUUUUUGUUUUUGAUCUCAUGAACUGUUUAACAGGAAAAUAAUUUCUAUAAAGAGUCUGUUUUAAAACCAUGUCUUUGUGGAUAGAAAGAACAUUAUAUAUAUAGUAUGUGUGUGUGUGAUAGACCUGGCUGAUAUAUCCUAAUAUAUCUUUCAUUAUGUGAUGGCAAAAGUACCCAUCUGACACACACAAGCAAUGAAUUUUUUGUCAACCACACACACACAUGCAUGCACACAUGCACAUGGAUACAUCAACACGCACACAUAUACACAUGCACACAAUGCACACACUCACUCUCCUCCCCCUCCUUCAUUUUCUGAUCUCAUGCCAGUGGCAUGUAAGUCCAGGUCACAUUAUGUUCAGCUGCUUAUUGUUCAUCCAUGUACCUAAUUGAACGUGUAACUAUAUUCUUGUUGGUAGCGACUGCUGUCAGCUUACUGGGUGAUUCUUCAUGCUAGUGGUCAAUAAUGGUUGUGUUUUCAAUAUAGCUGGUUCAUGUUUUCUGAUUCCUGUAAAUGGUCAGUCUGUUCCCACCAUCAGAAAAUGAAGAACAGACAUGUGAUAUGUCUAGCACUGUGAUGUUCACAUCUGCUCCAUUUGUUAUAAGGCUGUUGUUACUAUAAAUAUACAUCCAUCCAUCCCUUACUAUUCAUGUUUUCUUGCACGGCGCCCUGAGGCAGAUCUUGUGGACAUUUCUUACAUUUGUUUUCGCAGUAAAAGAACUUAUUUAUUUGUUGACGUGUGAUGUAUUAUGUAAAUAAUAAAUGUCGCUUCUGCUAGUGAUAUAAAUUAUGGUAAAUAUACUUCAACGUGACUUAACUGCUCUGAAGUGAUUGCUGUAGUUAAUUUGGCUUUAAAAUAUUGGACUGGAAAAAAAGACCGCGAGUUUUCAAGUGAACGGACCGAGUGAAGUAAGUAAUUAGUCUGACCAGCAACUGAGUUACAUAAAUGAUGAUGAUACACAUACAUUACAAUCAUGAUAAGGUCUUUGUAUGUCAGUGAUGGCAGCAGUCAGGGGUCGCUCCCAUGGUGCAUUGCGAGUUGUGAGCAUUUGUCGCGGACGAAAUAAAGUUGUCACCAGUCCACC